AUGGAUCCUACUGAGUUCAUGGACGAUCUGAUUGCUGAGUUUGUGGUGCCAACUUUCAUUGAGUCGGUUCCGGAAACGUUCAAGGAUUGGGCUUCUUUGCUAUUUUAUCACACUAGAAGGACACGAGAGGCGAAGGGCAUACUUGUAAAUUCCUUCACUGAGCUCGAAACUCAUGCGUUCUAUUCUCUUUCCGACGGUAAAACUCCACCAGUUUAUCCAGUGGGACCAAUAUUAAACUUGUCAUCAGCUAGGACAGACAAGUUCGCUGACAUCAUUAAGUGGUUGAAUGAUCAACCUCGUUCAUCGGUAGUGUUUCUGGGUUUCGGGAGCAUGGGAAGAUUUCGUGAGGAACAACUGAAAGAGACUGUGACUGCGCUAGAACAAAGCAGCGUUACAUUCUUGUGGUCGCUACGUCAGUCUGCACCGAAAGAUAAGAAUACAGUGAAGUAUGUGUCACCACGAGACUACUCUUAUUUAAGGCACGUUCUUCCUGCUGAGUUUCUCGAUCGGACGGCUGAGAGAGGGAAGGUAAUAGGUUGGACCCCACAAGUGGACGUACUAGCCCACCCGAAAAUUGGAGGGUUCGUGUCACAUUGUGGUUGGAACUCCACGCUAGAAAGUAUUGGAUUCGGAGUACCUAUGGCCACGUGGCCACUCCAUGCAGAGCAGCAUUUGAAUGCUUUUGAGUUGGUGAAGGAGCUGGGAUUAGCGGUUGAGAUUAAGUUGGACUACAAGAGUGAGUUUUAUGGCGAGGAUAAUGAUGAUACGGUUGUGAGCGCCAAAGAGAUCGAGAGUGGGAUAAGAAGGUUGAUGGAGCCUGAUAAUGAAAUGAGAAAGAAGGUAAAAGAGUUGAGUGAAAAGAGCAAAGCAACAAUUUUGAAGGGUGGGUCCACUGACUCUUUUAUGAGCUGUUUUAUCAAUUACAUGAUUGACAAUCAUCCAUGA